AUGGCGGAAGGCGGCAAUCCUGUCGUGUCAAGCUCCUGGUCCGUCGCAGAUAUAGUAUAUGUGACUAUUAUAUCCCCUUUGGUGCUGGCAGCCUUCCUAGAAUGGUUUCUGUGGAUCGCAGCGUUUCUGUACUGUCUGUUCAAGGUCUACCAGAAAGCGGAUCACUGGAGUGUCAGAUUUCUUGCAGUGACCAUGAUGAUCCUCUUCACAUCUCUAAGAGGGAUUUUCCUCCCAGUAAUGAUCGUCACUCUGCCUCUGCCUGCUCAAAUGAGGCAGUAUGUGCCAUCUCAUUUUGCUUCCGCUCUGCAAUGGUUCGCAUUCGGAAUGUUCUCCGCGCUGCUGAUUAUACCUUGGCUGCUGUGCAUUUACAGGCUCGUUACGCAUUCACCAGGAAGGACCAAGCGAGUCAAGCAAAUCUUAGACGACCACACUGCUCCAAAAACCGUCGUCGUCAUGCCGGUCUAUAAGGAAGCGCCCGAGACUUUGAUACGAGCUAUCAACUCCGUUGUCGACUGUGAUUAUCCGGCGAACUGUAUCCACGUGUUUCUCUCCUACGAUGGAUGCAACGUCGAUGAAUCUUACCUUCGUGUGAUCGAUCACCUGGGGAUUCCGAUCUCAUUGGAAAGCUACCCACAAAGCAUAGAUGUGACAUACAAGGGUGCACGAAUCACCGUCUCCCGUUUCAAGCAUGGAGGGAAACGGCAUUGCCAAAAGCAGACCUUUAGAUUGAUCGACAAGGUAUACGCAGAGUAUCUGAAGCGCCAUGACAAUCUCUUUGUCUUAUUCAUUGAUUCCGACUGCAUCUUGGACAGAGUGUGUCUGCAAAACUUCAUGUACGAUAUGGAGUUGAAGCCCGGGUCCAAGCGCAGCAUGUUGGCGAUGACCGGGGUCAUUACAUCCACCACGGAAAAAACUUCGCUCCUUACACUCUUGCAAGACAUGGAAUAUGUCCAUGGACAACUCUUUGAGCGUUCUAUGGAAUCCACCUGCGGUGCUGUAACCUGUCUCCCAGGAGCUCUGACCAUCUUGCGGUUCUCUGCCUUUCGUAAGAUGGCCAAAUACUACUUUGCAGACAAGGCCGAACAGUGCGAGGACUUAUUCGACUACGGCAAGUGCCACCUGGGCGAAGAUCGCUGGCUCACACACCUCUUCAUGAUCGGUGCUCAGAAACGCUACCAGAUCCAGAUGUGUGCCAGUGCUUUUUGCAAGACGGAGGCUGUCCAAACUUUCGGUAGUCUCCUCAAGCAACGACGGCGAUGGUUCCUGGGGUUUAUCACCAACGAAGUAUGUAUGCUGACCGAUGUCCGGCUGUGGAAGCGGUACCCUCUCCUCUGCUUGGUCCGUUUCAUGCAGAAUACAAUCCGCACAACAGCGCUGCUGUUCUUCAUCAUCGUGCUCUCAAUCAUUACGACAUCAAGCAGUGCCAACGACUUGCCGGUGGGGUUUAUCGCCAUAUCGCUGGGGCUCAAUUAUCUCCUCAUGUUUUACCUGGGAGCAAAGCUCAAGCGCUACAAAGCCUGGCUUUUCCCAGUGAUGUUUAUUUUGAACCCCUUCUUCAACUGGCUUUAUAUGAUAUACGGGAUCCUGACUGCAGGACAGCGUACCUGGGGAGGACCGAGGACCGAUGCUGCCACCGCUGAUGAACAUACAUCGCCCGAAGAAGCUGUCGAACAGGCAAGGGCCCAGGGUGACGAACUCAACGUCGACCUGACAACUUUUCGAUCGAGGAGUGAGGAGAAGACCGUCCCAAUUCAUCCUUCAGAGAAGAUUGAAGGCCGCUUCUCGGCAGCGCUGCAGCUUCCCGAUGGUUACUAUGACCAUGGUAACGAUUCUGGAGCCACUCUAACUGAUCUGAUGAUGCCUCUUCCGAAGGUCCCGCGGAUCGGUAUUCAUUCACAAUUCUCAUCGGAUUCGGUGACCACGCUAGACUCAAUGACCAGCAUACACUUGCCGCUCAAGGUCGAGGAUUUGAUCAGUGACGAUGACAGGGUGAUGUUCCAACCCGUUCGACAGGCACGGGACCCAACGGAAUCACCUCGACGCCAACCCGAACACGUUGAGAGUGAUAUAGCCUCAGGCCAAAUCAUUGUGCAACAAAACGCGUCUUACCAUCUCGUCAGAGAACAGAGUGUGUCUUCGUCUUCUCAAUCUUUGCCACAUGUACCUCAGUCCGCCGAAGUGUCUUCUAGCGACAAUGGUGACUUGAGUUGCGUGUCUUCCAUCAAGCAGUUUGAGCAAGAGCCACAGUUUGCGCCCAUAAAUCCAUCAACCCGCGGCUCCCUGGAAACCAAUUUUCCGGAAAGGCGAAGAUCCCGACGGAAACUUCCCGGAAUCCCACGGCCGAUCCAGAAAGACAAGGGCCCUGAGCAUAUGGUCUAG